GAAAUUUGUGAGAUUCAAAAUGGUACACACAGACACACGGAACAGGUCAAUCUCAACAGAAGAGCGAGCCGAGCAGCGUCUCGGUGCCUCCGCCGGACAUGCCGAGAGACCUCGCCGCCGCCGCCGCCGCCGUCCUCUUCUUCUUCCUCCUCGUCCUCUUCCCGGCGGAGGCCGUGCCCUUCGUCGUCCUGCACGGGAUUGGAGACCAGUGCGCUAACCAUGGCGUCGCCAAGUUCACCCGCCUCCUCGCCGACUGGUCCGCCGCCGAUGGCUACUGCCUAGAAAUUGGAAGAGGGACGUGGGACUCUUGGGUAAUGCCUCUUCAACAACAGGCUGAUAUCAUUUGCAACAAGGUAAAGGAAAUGAAAGAGCUAAGCGGUGGCUAUAACAUAGUUGGUCUAUCUCAGGGGAACUUGAUUGGUCGGGCAGUAGUCCAGUAUUGUGAUGAUGGACCACCGGUCAAGAAUUUCAUCUCACUGGGUGGUCCUCAUGCUGGUACCGCUUCUGUGCCACUUUGUGGUUCCGGUAUUUUCUGCAUUAUUGUAGAUGCACUGAUUAAAUUGGAGAUCUAUUCGGAGUAUGUGCAGGCACAUCUUGCACCUAGUGGUUACCUCAAAAUCCCAACUGAUAUGAAAGAUUAUUUGGAGGGAUGCAGGUUUCUUCCCAAACUUAACAAUGAGAUACCAGGUGAAAGAAAUGCUACCUACAAGGAAAGAUUCAGCAGCUUAGAGAAUUUAGUAUUGAUCAUGUUUGAGGAUGAUAUUGUCCUCAUACCUCGGGAAACAUCAUGGUUUGGUUAUUAUCCUGAUGGAGCCUUUGAUCAAGUCCUGCCUCCACAGAAGGAUGUGCAGACAAAGCUGUACAUGGAAGAUUGGAUUGGUUUGAAGAGUCUCGACGAUGGCGGGCGAGUCAAAUUUGUGUCCGUGGCAGGAGGUCACCUGGGCAUCUCCGACAGUGACAUGAGGAAAUAUAUCGUGCCUUACUUGAAAGAAAAACCAUCGAUCGGAGGCCGAUUUACUUAGCAUUUAGCACGGGCUGUGGCCUGUGAGAAAGCACCUUCACUUGCUUUUCCACAUUUAUCUGAGACAUAUUUAACACUGCAUGGUAAGUACGUACGGUAUUCGUUGUUGAAACAUAGCUAGCAUGGUGCCCCACGUAUUUAACAUUGCAUGGUAAAUACUUACUGUAUUCGUUGUUGAAGCUUAACUAGCACAAUGUCUCACACAAUUGCGCAGGAAACAUCUUUGCACAUCUUUACUA